AAUAUACGUGUUUUUUAUUUAGUAUCGCAAAAUAUCCUUUACAUAUACGAUCACGUUAGGACGGACUUAAACUAAAUCAUCUUCUUUAGUAGGCUGAUCUCAAACAUUACUAAAUUAGACAGAUAAAUAAUCCUUAAUAUAAAUUGAGCACACGAGUGAUAUAUUAAUUAUUUAUACAGCAACCUCUAUAUCACGUUAUCUUAUGCAACAUUAAAUAUCGCCUGUAAUCAACAGAAUCUUUCAGGAAUUAUGGCCAAUAAAAGGACUAUUAUGCCAAAAAAUAAAUAAAGAAAAAAGAAUGUAGACAAAAAGUGAAACAUUAUUACAUAAGCGCGCCUGACGUAUGCUAGCACAAAUCAAAGAGUGAGAAAAGCAAAUAUGAAGCUUACUUUGACUAUAAAAUAGGUGUCGGCAAUAAUCUUCAAACAGUACUUGGGCAGCAUGGACCGGCACCUCAUAAUAGCAUUGACGCUUUUUAGCGUCGUAUUCAUGGUUCAAAGUUUGAGUCAGGAAGAUAUAGACGCAAGGAAUAAAUGUUUAAAAGAACAUGGAUUUACAAUAGAACCUAAGUACGUCAGUGCAUAUAAGACAAUCGACAUUAGAGCGAAAUGUUAUGCGUCGUGUCUAAUGAGAGAAACUGGAGUAGUAAAAGAAGAUGGUUCAAUCGAUCUUAAUAAAGUUCUGGAGAAAAUUUCCGACUCUGAAAAUAAGACUUUGGAUGAGGUUGUCAAGAAAAGUUUCAUACCAUGCACAGAAAAAAAAGGGGAUAACGAUUGUGACACUGGCCAUCAGAUUCUAACUUGUAUAGUGGCAACUAUAUCCAUCUUAAAAGAAUCAAUGAAGAUAGUUUAAAGGCUUGUUGUUUACAUAUUAUAUGAUUACAAUAUAGGCUUGUUAGAAUAAAUUUCUUUUAAGUACAAAUAUAGCUGAAACUCUAAAAGUAAAUUAACAACGAUGACGGAGAAAAGAAUAAUUUUCUUCGUCAAGGCCAAGGACGGUAAGUAAUAAAUUAUAAUUGCUACACAUUAGCUCUGUUAAAUAACCCAAAAAAUUAAGAACUUCUUUCACGAUGAAUAAAAAAAAAUUGAAAAAAAUACAGUAACGGGUUGUAACUUUAACGACUUGUAAUAUAGCAUCACCCGCAUACCGGUCAUUAGCAUGGUCUCCGCGCCGAUUUGCACCAAAACAAUGGAACGUCCGCUCCAUUUUCGAGAGCAUUGUUGUUUAGUUUUAUUGUACGAAAUUCUCGGAUUUGCGAAUUUAAAGCGAGUGUCAAACUAAAUAUUGACGAAAUUUA